CGUAUAUAUCCCAAAGUCCCGCCCCUUCAUCUUCCUUUUCCGCUGUGGGAACGUAAACGUGCCUGAAGUGCUUGGUUCUUCAUCUGAAGCUAAGGUCCUCAAUCCGGCGACUAGCACAGUCAAAUUUAGGCAUCCGACGCUACUACCACCACCUUUGAUAUCUACAAUGGCCUCCGUAUCUGAGCUCGCCUGCAUUUACUCCGCUCUGAUCCUCCACGAUGAUGAAGUCACCGUCACCGAGGACAAGCUGAAUGCCCUGAUCAAGGCUGCUGGAGUCACUGUGGAGCCUUUCUGGCCAAGUCUGUUUGCCAAGGCCCUUUCCAGCAUCGAUGUCGGCAGUCUGAUCUGCAACGUUGGUGCCGGAGGUGGAGCUCCAGCUGGUGCCCCUGCUGCCGGUGCUCCUGCAACUGGUGGAGAUGCACCAGCUAAAGAAGAAGAGAAGAAGAAAGAGGAAAAGAAGGAAGAGUCUGAGGAGUCCGACGAUGACAUGGGCUUUGGUCUCUUUGAUUAAAACUGUUUUUCUAAGAAAACCAAAUAAAAAUACAAAAAUUGA